UACUUCUUGUUUUUGUUUUGUCAGCAGCCAUGCAGCAGGUCCUGGAUAACCUUACUGAUCUGCCGACAUCGACAGGAGCUGAAGAAAUAGACCUGAUUUUUCUUAAAGGAAUUAUGGAAAACCCUAUUGUAAGAUCACUUGCUAAGGCUCAUGAGCGACUGGAAGAUUCUAAACUUGAGGCUGUCAGUGACAACAACCUGGAGUUGGUGAAUGAAAUUCUUGAAGAUAUCAGUCCCCUAGUAAAUAAAGAUGAAAAUAUUGCAGAAUUGGUUGGAAUACUCAAGGAGCCGCAUUUUCAGUCACUCUUGGAGGCACAUGACAUUGUGGCUUCAAAAUGUUACGAUUCCCCUCCUUCCAGCCCAGAAGUUAAUAAUUCUUCAGUGAACAACCAGAUUGUUCCAGUAGAUGCUAUUCGUAUCCUUGGAAUUCACAAAAGAGCAGGAGAACCACUGGGUGUUACGUUUAGAGUUGAGAACAAUGAUCUGGUAAUAGCACGAAUUCUUCAUGGCGGAAUGAUAGAUCGACAAGGUCUUCUGCAUGUAGGUGACAUUAUUAAAGAGGUGAAUGGCCAUGAGGUUGGAAACAAUCCAAAAGAAUUACAGGAACUGCUGAAAAAUAUUAGUGGCAGUGUCACUCUGAAGAUUCUUCCCAGCUACAGAGACACUGUUAUUCCUCAACAGGUUUUUGUGAAGUGUCAUUUUGAUUAUAAUCCAUAUAACGACAACCUCAUCCCAUGCAAAGAAGCAGGUUUGAAAUUUUCUAAAGGAGAAAUUCUUCAGAUUGUAAACCGGGAAGAUCCAAAUUGGUGGCAGGCUAGUCAUGUCAAAGAAGGAGGAAGUGCAGGGCUUAUUCCUAGCCAGUUCCUAGAAGAGAAAAGAAAGGCCUUUGUUAGGAGGGACUGGGACAACUCAGGGCCUUUCUGCGGAACAAUAAGCAGCAAAAAAAAGAAAAAGAUGAUGUAUCUCACUACAAGAAAUGCAGAAUUUGAUCGUCAUGAAAUCCAGAUCUAUGAGGAAGUAGCCAAAAUGCCUCCCUUUCAGAGGAAAACACUGGUCUUAAUUGGGGCCCAAGGAGUAGGGCGAAGAAGUUUGAAGAACAGGUUUAUAGUACUGAAUCCGACUAGGUUUGGAACUACAGUGCCAUUUACUUCACGAAAGCCAAGGGAUGAUGAAAAGGAUGGGCAAGCCUACAGAUUUGUGUCACGAGCUGAAAUGGAGAUGGAUAUUAAAGCUGGCAGAUAUUUAGAGCAUGGAGAAUAUGAAGGAAACCUUUAUGGCACCAAAAUUGAUUCCAUCCUUGAAGUUGUUCAGACAGGAAGGACCUGCAUCUUGGAUGUUAAUCCACAGGCCCUGAAAAUACUGAGGACUUCAGAAUUCAUGCCCUAUGUAGUGUUUAUUGCUGCUCCAGAGUUGGAGACAUUGCGUGCUAUGCACAAGGCUGUGGUGGAUGCCGGAAUUACAACCAAACUUCUCACUGACACCGAUUUGAAAAAAACAGUGGAUGAAAGUGCACGGAUCCAGAGAGCAUACAACCACUAUUUUGAUCUGACCAUUGUAAAUGACAACCUGGACAAAGCCUUUGAGAAGCUGCAGACGGCUAUCGAGAGACUGAGGCUGGAACCACAGUGGGUCCCGAUUAGCUGGGUAUAUUGAGAUUUCUCAAGAGGAGCUUAAGUAACAAAUAAAAUCAACUGCAGCAAAUAUGCUAAUGUGACGUUGUGUAGAUACCGACGGUAACCUACAGCACCUGUGCAUUUUUACUCUGUGUAUAUUCAAAAGUACGCUAUUCUGAAUUUUUAUAAAAAUGUUGAAGGGAAAGUGUACUUAAAUAUGUAAUUUAUUUUAAUUUUUCUAACUUUUUACAGAUAACCUUUCUAUUCAUAUCACAUGAAGGAAAUGCGUUUAAGCAUUUUUAUAUGUUUUGAUUUAGUACCUUUGCCUUUUUCAUCUAAGAAACUUUCAGUCAUUCACUUCAACGUUUGCAUCUUGGUCUUACAUUUUCACUGUGAUUAAAAAAAAAAGGAUACUUGAAACAAUUUUUGUAAAACUUGUUAACGUCAGUGUUUAACUGGUCAAAAGUCUAUAGCUCUUAUUAGGAAAGAACAUUCAUUUCUUUGGGUUUUUUUUUCUUCCUUAAAAAAAUAACAAUUUCAUGGGAGCAGAAUUUUAAAUAUUAAAAGCAGCAACCAACACACAGCUCCAUUGCUCCAGCUUCUUUCGGCUUAACGUUGGUGCAUUCUUGAUGUUUUACAAAUUCUUGAUGUCUCUUGAUUUUAGACAUCUGUUGUGUAGGUUCCCUUAUACGUGUCUCUUAAAAUAAUGUAAAGCAAUACCUUGCUGGCUGCUUAUUAGGCUGUCCUUGGGAGCCAGCCUUACUACGGUUGAAGUACUGACGUUAGAAAGCUUGCAUGCAAGGUAAUUCAGUGCAGUCUGAAUAAUGGUGAAGUAGCCCGAGAGAGAACCUGAUAACAUGGAGCCUUGUAGAGUGACGCUUAACGUUUAGGACUAUUUAUUCACACUUGUGAAAAAAAAAAAAAAAAAAAAAAAAAAAGGCAUUUUAUUUUCUUAGGACACUGUUUAAUAUUUGUAUAGUGAUCUGUGGCUUCAUUUCCUGUGAUAUCUAGCUGGGUUCUAUAUUAUCUUUUUGAAUAUUUGUGUGUGAUCAACUGCUGUAUUUUUAUGAGUGUGAUGUAAUGGAAUUUCUGUGCUUUUUGUUCCAUUGUUUUUAAUUACAUUUUUCAUUAGAUAGCUUGUGAAUUGGAAGCUUACUGCUAAAAAGCAAUGUUGUUUAUACCUUUUUGUUUUAUAACAUUCUUUCUUUUGUUUAGUGACCGUUCUCCCUUUAGUAGGCUCAUUGUUACAAUUCCUGUUAGGUUCAAGUUCAUCGAUCAAAACUUACGCUGAUGUAAAUUUCUGCUUAACAAGAACAAAGUGAAAAUACAGCUUGUGGCUAAGACUAGCUCUUUUUGUGACCAUAUAUAUUAUAGUGUCAGCUGUUGUAUAUAGUAACAUUCACCAUCACUUACCAGACUAGGUGUCUAAACUGAAGUCAUCUGUUUGUUUAAUUUCUUUUCUGUCUGGUGACAGGCACCUGGCUUCUGAAUUGUUUUUCAACACCAAAGUGUGACACAGAAUGAUGUCAAAGGCAACUUCCUCAGAACUAUUUCUGAAGGAAAAGAGGCUUAGACACUGUAAAUCAGUAUUGCUUCCUGGGGCUCUUAAAGACUUUUAUGUGAACAAGGAAAGAAAAAUGGAGUUGAUGCAGUAUAGGAAGAGUGUAAGUCUCAAAAAUCUCAAAACAUUCAUAUACUACAGAUUUUUACAAAGCCUAUAAAGUUGAUUGUCGUGGGGCAGAAGGGGCAGGGGGUCUUGAGAUCCCAGUGUAUGUGGAAAAUGUUAGUCAAAACGGUGUAUAGCACAGGUAACCUUUGUGGCUCUUAAUACUGAGAUUUCAGACUUGUAGAGGGAAUCUCAAAUUCUCUACAGAAAAUUUGUACCACUACUUAGUUUUAUUGUUAUACUUCUCAGGAUGUGUUUUCUCUGGUUUUGUUUAAGUUUGGCAGAGCUUUUAAAUGUGGCACCAGCAUGAGACUUUUAUUUUCCUUUCCCAGGAGACAUGUUCUGUGAUCCUAUUGCUCAGAGGCUGCUUUGAGAAACGGAUCGAGUGUUGUAUGUAGCAGCAAUGAUAGCAGCAGAGCUGUGGCUUGGCUUGACUGUUUUAAUGAUUUGCUGUUGGCACUAUAUGCUGAACGUGACUAAACUGUGUGCGUAUACUGUGUAAUAGGAGACCUAUGUAUGCUGUAAAUAAGAUGUGCUAUCUGGACAGACACGAUGCCUUUUUAUUACGAGUUAGAAAAUCCUCUGUUUGUGAUGCCAAAAGUGGGCUGAGCUCACUCUUCCCUAAUGAAUGGAAUGAGAAGAUUCUUCAGUUUCCACACCAUAGUACGUUAUAUUGUAAAUAUCACUUAUUUUAAUCUUUUUUUUUUUUUUUUCUUCCAUAAAUUCACUUAACCAAAUGAAACACAUGAAACACGGGCACCAAGCUUCAGUCAGGAAAACCUUCUUUUUCCAUCCCAAGGGAGAAUACUGUCAAAGGAGCCUCCCUUGUUAGCAAUCCCCAAAUAGCCAUGUACUUGCUAAAAACGCUUGCGCUUUUGCUGCAGGCUCACAUAGGGGUUUUCCAUCAAGCCAUGAGCACAGUGGGGCCUGGUGGCUGACCAUUUGGUGGUGUGAAUGUAGAUGCUGAUAAGUACAAUUCUGAAGCAAUAAGAGAAGAUGGCUUCCUUAGAUUGCACGCAAAGAUCGUAUCAAUGUGUCUGUAGGUUUUAAUUGGAUGUCUACAUGCAGGUUGCGAGGGGAAAAAAAUUCCAAACCCCACCCUCCUUGCAUCUGUUCAUUAAAUCUUGAAAAUUGAGAAUUCAGAUUGUCAGGUCUGUAAAUGUUGAGAGGGGAGAGGGGUUGGUUUGGUUUUGUGGUGGUGGGUUUUGUUUUGGUUUUUAGCUAAAUCAUAUUUUCAUUGGACAAUCUGCUUCUGUCACUGCCUGGUAGGAUGACUAGAAUGAGAAUGACAGUUACUGUUUUGUAAAAAAGAGCAUUCUUGGAGGUUCUUAAGAGUGAUGGUGCCAUUCCAGUCAUACUGACAGCGGUGAUAGUUGCUACCUGUUAGGGUAUACUAGAUCAGAUGUUAGAGGCCUUGUGCAAUUAGGGGAGAAAGACACUACGAAAGGCUAGUUUUGAGCAAGUGAAAGUAUUUCAUACAACAGCUGUUCAAAGUAUUGUGGAGGAGUUAGUUUAACUAGGAUUUCAUGCAUCUCAUUCUGUACUAAACAUUCAUUUUCCAGAUACUAACAGGAAAACUUUUUUUCAUUAACUAUUAAUGAUAACAAUAGGUGUGUCUGAGCGAGGUGAAGAUGCUGCUAAAUGUUUAAGAUAUGUGGUGUAUCUAUCACAAGAUAAAUAUUUAAGUAGUUUAGAAAAGUAAAUUAUCAAAUAGUUGUCUGUGUAUAUGUGUGUAUGUGGAUGGUAAAACAAAAAAUGCUCAUGUCUGCUAUCACAUUACUAAGCUACCCUGACUUAAUCCAGAAAUGUACCUGCAUGUGAGACUUUAGAACUGGUACACUUCUCUACCUGUUUUAUUGUGUUUACUAAUGUAUAUUUUUCUAAAUAUACAGAUAUUUCAGUCUAAAAAUUCUAUAUUUAUCUGUAAUUUCUAUCUGGUUUGGACAGUGCAUGAGGUGCUGUAAAAUUCUGUACAUAUAGAGACUUCUAGAAGAAACACUGUAGUUGCCCUGUGAAUGAAAAGCUACACAUAAAAGUACAGUCAGUACGCCAAGACCUGUAAGUUAUUUCCUUAAAUGCACCAAAAAUUCCCUUAAGUGUGCACCAACCCUAACUUUAAUGUAAAUACUUUGGUGCACAUGUACCCAAGUGAUUACCUUCCUGUCUCUUAGUGUUACACUAGCAGGUCUGCUUUAGGAUCUACAUCAUGUGACAAGAUGCAGUCAGUUAAGGUUUAGCAGGUAAUUAUAAUGGGAUAUGUCAUCUUGCAUAUACAUUUAUGAGGGUCUCUUAAAAUGUUCUGCGAAAAUAAAAUGAAGGUAAGAUUGGAGCAGAAUCACAGACCGGCCGGCGUAGGCAAGGGAAAUCAAAUUUCUACCCAGUGCAGUAUCCUUCACUUGGGCCGUGUUCCCGGAUCAGUGCAGCUCUGCGUGCUCAGUCAUACCAAAGCUUUGCGGAGCAAGAGGGCAGAUCAGCUCAUCGCUUUUGAACUCCUGUUUAUAGAAACUGUCACAUCUUGGAUAGGCUCAAAAUGUGACACUUAUUUCCCAAUCCUCUGUACAGUUCUAACUCAUUGCAUCUUCUAAAAUCAUACCUAAAUGACUUGCUGUACAAAUUGCCAGCAGCUCAGUGUUUGGGAAGUCAUCUGGGUUUGGUUUUGUUUUGUUUUCAAGAAGGGGAUUCAGAUAACAAGUAGGAAACUGUUCUCUUUGAAACCCAGAGAAUUCCUGUCUAGGUACCGUUUGGAGCCAAGCCUGCCUCUCUCCACUACGCCUAAGGCCCAGCGGAGAGCCAUCAAGUAGAGCAGCACUCCAGAAAUCAGAUGUGGGUUAUUACCUGUCUCUACAUGUGAGCUAUUACUGUGAACAUAAACAAAUCCCACCUUCCUUUACCCAUUCCUUGGUUUCCCUCUGGGCUCCCUCUAUCCUGCAGCUUCAUUCAGACUGAACUCAGAGGCAGAUGCUCUUUCUCAAGCCACCUCUAGUGCCUACUGCAGUAGCUUCCCAUCACUCUUUGUGCCUGUAGGUACAGCUUUAAGACAAACUACUGGUGGAGAUGUGGUGGGUCUGUCAUCCAAAUGGAUACGGACUGUUGGCUUUGCGCAGGGUUUCUGCCUCACCCAUAUUCUGAAGAGUUAAAGUACCGUAUUGUUAUUGCCAAACUCCCUUAGCAAAGGCGGUGAGAUCAGUGUAGUGAUGUCUAGGUAGUGAUUACUGGAUAACCUGCUGGGCCUCUUGCCUUAAAUACCCCUCCAGCUGACAGUCCCGACACAAAAAGGAUUGUUGUAGUUAAAGGUACUUUGAGUUGCUCUCUCGGGGAGGGGGGGGCUGUCAUUACUGAAGGUGGUGAAGUCCUGGCCCUUUUUUUUUUUUUUCCCUGGCCUACCCUUCCUGGUUUUCAUGUAUGCUUAACAAGCUUACUGAUUGGAAUUGUCUAGAAUUCUCAACUUGUGUCUUGUAGACAAAAUAGUGGUCAUUAUAAUUCAUCCAUAUUUAAGACUGGUAUAACUUACUGGUUUUAAUUCCAAGACAGAUACUAAAAAAAAAAAAGUGAAAAUACUUGUAAAAUAACCCAUUUUCAGAGGCAGCUUUGGCUUCAAAAAGUGUUAAAAGUGUGCAAAAUUAAACUUGAGGAUAAGUACCGCAAUAAUUCAGAUGGUAUCUGGUGAUUACUUACCUGAAUCCUCCACGGUGAGAUGCUGUUCCACAAACUGUUACACUUUAAACUGCUGAAUUCUCAGCUCCUGUGCAGGUCUGGAAUUCACCUGUGCAGGCUUAAAAACUCCAGCUUGGUGAAGGCUGUUAAGCAGUUUCACCUCUAAACACAGUUAUUUUGUUCAGCAAGGUCUCUGCAAUAUUUAUACUUUAUAGAAUAAAUUACACUUGAAAUAAAUGAUCUUUUUUUCUCAGUAUUUGUAACCCUUUCUCCUGCUAAUCGGGUAUGGAGUUCCUUUUGCUGCUGAGGCAGGGGCUGGAUGUGGAAUACUGACUGACCAACCUGACAGGCUAACAUAGUUAAUAGUAGCUCUGGAAGCGUUUUCUCACAUUUAACCUUUUCCUUUUAAUGUCACUGGCUCCACACUAACGCUGGUCCAUGCCUGUUGGGCUGUCCUCACAGCUGAUCCAAGGAUCACUCCCGAAGUAGCCAACAUUCACCUGGAUAUACAGUAAAACCUCUUCCAAACACCCAAGUAGCUUCUCUGUUACUUCGGUCUCUUACAUGACACAUUGUGUGGAAGAAAAUGAAUGGCACUGCUUUGUACAGAUCUGGGGGUAGCAGCAAAACUGUUGGCUGAAAAAAAAAAAAAAAUUGACUGAUUUUUGUUUGUUUAGGGCUUGUACACAAUUCUGUGUGAAGAUAACUGUUGAAAUUUAUUUUUUCUCCUUUGAAAAUGCAUGUUGAGCAUUCCUUCCCCUCCCCCCUCCCUCAUCAUCUGUUGCCUGUGUAAGAAGGGGGAUCACUUCUUAAGUUUUAAAA